AUGGUUAUUUCUGAUGAUGAUGGUGAUGGUGGGAGUGGUGAACAACCUUUUGUUCGUCGCAAAAUAGGUAGGGAUUCUAUUGUCUUUUCCGCAUUAGAAGCUGCUUUUGCUAGUGGUGAAGAUAUUAGUGAUAGGGCUCUUAAGAGGUCCCGUUCCUUGGAUCCCGAUGCUUUUCAUUCUUUUGCUAGUACCCUUGGUGUGGUCCGUCCUUUUUUGUAUGUUUCUCAAUUGAACGCAAACAAUCCUCCCCGUUAUGCCAACAUUCCUCAUCCUUUUGGUCAUAUUUAUAUCUCGUCCUGGGAAUAUAGGCGGGAGCAAGGUUUAAUGGAUCCAAAGGUUGUUAUUCCCUUUUUUUAG